AUGCACUCCAUCCCUGGCAUAAAAGGUGUCUUUGAAGUAAAAGAGGUCCCAGUUAUCGAUGAACGCCCAUCCAUUGAUCCUGCAGUGAUCCGCAAGUCUGGAAUUUAUUGCAAUAGCCCUGGACUGCCAUUCACCUUCCAGUAUCCUGUAUCAAUAUCUGUGUCCACCAUCACAACAACACGACACAGCACGAGUCCAUCAUCCACACCCUCACAGCCCCACAUCCCACAGCACUACAGCCACACCUCCAGAGACCCAUACCAUCAGAGCCACAGCCCCACAGCCCAACAAAUUCACAAUCCCACAACUAACACCUCCGCAACCUCACAUUCCCACAGUCCCACAAUCUCAAAGUCUCACAGCCACAAUCACACAGCCCUAAAGCCCCAGAGUUUCAGAGCCCAACAGCCCCCACAGUCUCACAAUCCACAGGCCCGCAAUCUCACACCCCGCAGCACUACAGUCUCACAGCCCACAGCCCCACAGGCUCACAGCCCCACAGUCUCAGAGCCUCAGAACCCCACUGUCACAGCCUCACAGCCCCAAAGUCUCACGGCCCACAAUCUUGCAGCCUACAGCCCAACAAUCUCACAGUCCACAGCCCCACAGUCUCAAAGCCCACAGACCUACAGUCUUACAGGGUUGUACAGCAAAUGUUAA